AUGGGUGGCGGUUCAUCCAAGCCAAAGGUCACAUACAAGACCAAAAUCCCCAAUCAUCCCAAGCACCACGCGCCUCUCUCAGAAAAAGAGCAGGCAGAGUUUACACCAUACAUCAAUCACUCCAAGAAUGAUGGUCGCCAGCGGUUUGCCGAUCAGUAUGCGAAGCAGCAGAAAGAUCUUCGGAGUGCUGGAAAGCAAUACAAACGCAUCAACCGAUCCCCCACAAAGUCUCCCCCAGAGGAGUAUCGGGUGGAAAAGCCUCCCAAACAAGAGCCUUACCGGCCUUCCCGAAGACUCGAGACUCUUCCCCCUCUUCCAAAAGGGAAUUGCAAAAAAAGACCUCCCAAACAAGAGCCUUACCGGCCUUCCCAUAGACUCGAGACUCUUCCACCUCUUCCAAAAGGGUAUUGCAAAAAAAGGCCUCCCGUACAAGAACCUUUGCCCAAAAAGCCUCCCCAAAAAGAGUCUUCUGCAGAAAGGCCUCCCCUAAAAAGGUCUUCCCCCAAAAAGUCUAGUGGUUGGGAUUACUUUUAG